UUCUCCUUUGCGCACACCCCCCUAAAAAUCAGUGUCAGCUGCAAACAAUGUCAACUCCAGCGCGACGGCGUCUAAUGCGCGAUUUUAAAAGGUUACAGGAAGACCCUCCUCCGGGGGUGAGCGCCGCUCCGACGGACAACAAUAUCAUGCUGUGGAAUGCUGUGAUGUUCGGCCCGAGCGACACGCCGUUCGAGGACGGCACGUUCAAGCUGACAAUGGAGUUCAACGAGGAGUACCCGAACAAGCCCCCGACCGUGAAAUUCGUGUCGAAAAUGUUCCACCCGAAUGUCUACGCCGACGGCGGCAUCUGCCUCGACAUUCUGCAGAACAGGUGGAGUCCCACCUACGACGUUUCAGCAAUACUCACCUCUAUCCAGUCACUUUUGAGCGAUCCAAACCCAAAUUCGCCGGCAAACUCUAUGGCAGCACAACUCUACAAAGAAAACCGAAGAGAGUACGAGAAGCAGGUGAAGGCGUGCGUCGAGCAGACGUUCAUCGACUAAUUGCACUGUUUUCUCUCUCUUGGGGAAAAGUAUUCUGUCUGUUUCUCAGCACUAAGCACUCGUCAAAAUAUUUAUUAAAACCCGAUGAACCAAGAUAUGAAAGAAAGAUCAUGAUGAUUAAUAAAAUAAAUAUUAUGUGGAAUCCUAACAUUAUAAAAUUUCAA